AUGGCCUCCUCCGCCGCGUGCAUCUUCUGCAAGAUUAUCAAGGGUGAAAUCCCCUGCUUUAAGCUCUUCGAGAGCGACAAGGUCCUUGCCUUCCUCGACAUCCAGCCUCUGAGCCGUGGCCAUGCGCUCGUGAUCCCCAAGUUCCACGGCGCCAAGCUGACCGACAUCCCGGACGAAGACCUCAGCGAGAUCCUGCCUGUCGCAAAGAAGCUCGCUCAGGCCACUGGCGCUGGUGACUUCAACAUCCUGCAGAACAACGGCCGCAUCGCGCACCAGGUCGUUGACCAUGUAAGUCGACCGUCACCUCCUUCACUGCACUGCUCCUGCUGA